AUAUAUUUUUUGUAAUUUUGAAAUAGUUUGCAGGAAGUGCAUAUAUGGCAAGAUUACAGAAGUGGGGUUGGGAAACUGUCCUGAAUGCAAAGUAUAUCUCGGUUGCGCUCCAUUGAAAAAACUCAGGGCCGACCAUAGUGUGCAACAUAUUAAGGCUGCAAUCUUUGAUUCCUUAAAAAGAAGAGAGCCUAAUCCUUUGCUUACUACAAUAGAGUCAAUGGAACCUGAAGUUAUGCCCACUAUUCCAUUGCUUUCCAGAAGUAAGGAAAGAUAUCUCUCUUCCUUGGUUAGCCAACCUAAGGCGUCAAAUAGGGCUGCAACGAGUAGAAGAAAGAAAUCCUUGCCAAGAAAGUUCGUUGCUUCACGAGGAUCCACUUUAUCCGUUGAGGAGCCAAUGAAGAACAGGGAAGCCAUUCCCGAGAACUCAAGCCCUCUUGUGACUCUAACCAAGAUUGCAGAAAAUAAAAAGCCGAAUUUCUUUGCUGGCGAGUCAUCUAAGCAAAAUGUGCCUUGUGAAUGUGCAAAGGCCCCUGUUGAGCCAUUGGAAGGUACGACUGCUCUUUGGAAAACUUUGAAUUGUCUUGUAGAAACUGCAGGUAUAACAAAGCCUGGCAAGUCUAUUGUGCAAGAAUCUGUGGCAAAUUCAGCACUGCCCGUUGUCCAUGAAGAUGAGGAAAAUGCGAACAAAAUUACCAAAUUGAAGGAACGAGCUAAUAAAUCUAAAGUCAACAAUGAUGAGGGUCGAUCAAUGCCCGUGCCAUCAGGUUCAGAAAAACCUAAAAAGAAUCGUAGGGGUCGACCAAAACGAGCUAUGGCCACUGAAGGGACAAAUAUUGCACCACAAGCUGUGGUUAAUGCUGCAAGCACUAUGUGCUAUAGAAAAGUUCAUCCAAUUUGA